AUGGAUCCUCCGAGUGCUGGCACAAGUUCACCUGGCUUAAUAGGCUCUGCGCCGCCGCUUUUGCCACCACCAAUGUUGAGUGCAAUGCCGCCCCCAAUGCCACCGGCGGUCGCGAUGCCACCAGUUCCAGGGAUGCCGCCCAAUAUGGGACCUAUGCCACCUCCUAUGGGUUUUCCACCCAUGAUGGCACCCUUCUCUAUGCCGCCUCCAGGAUUUCCACCAUUUAAACCGGAACUAAGUGCACCAGCACCUGAAAUAUCACCUAUGGCUAAUCAAAAUUGCCCUUGGUCUGAGCAUAAAGCCCCAGAUGGCCGUAUAUACUAUUACAACUCUAUUACAAAGCAGAGCCUUUGGGAAAAACCUGAUGAUUUAAAAUCUCCUGCUGAAAAAUUAUUAUCAUCAUGUGUAUGGAAAGAAUAUACUACAGAUGCUGGACGAGUCUACUACCAUAAUAUUGAAACAAAAGAAUCAAGCUGGGUCAUUCCUAAAGAACUUCAAGAUAUUAAAGAAAAAAUAACUGCAGAGGAAGCUGCUCAGGCAGCACUUAGUGCAGAUGUUCCUCCAGGAGAAGUUCCACUUCCAUCAUCACCUGCAGUACCUACUUCUGGAAGUUCAGCCCUUGACGAAGCUAUGGCAAAAACUUUAGCAGCUAUUGAUCCAUCCCUAGCCAAUGCUAUACCUAUUCCUGAAGAAAUCAACCCUGAAGAAAUAGCAGCACCUCCACAACCAAAUGGCACUGAAGCAAAUGAGCCAGAACUACUGCAGUACAAGGACAAAAAAGAAGCUAUUGAAGCUUUCAAAGAGCUCUUGAAAGACAGGAAUGUGCCCUCAAAUGCGACAUGGGAACAAUGUGUUAAAAUAAUAUCAAAGGAUCCGAGAUAUAUAACUUUUAAAAAGCUUAGUGAGAAAAAGCAAGCGUUUAACGCGUACAAGACCCAAAAAUUAAAAGAUGAAAGGGAAGAGCAGAGGUUGAAAACGAAAAAGAAUAGAGAGAAUUUGGAAGAAUUCUUAUUGAGCUGUGAACGCGUGACAUCUCUCACCAAAUACUACAAGUGUGAGGAAAUGUUUAAUAAUCUUGAGAUAUGGCGCUGUGUUCCGGACUCCGAUAGGAGAGAUAUCUACGAAGACUGUAUCUUCACUAUCACUAAACGCGAGAAAGAGGAGGCAAAGGCGUUAAAGAAAAGAAAUAUGAAGAUGUUAGCACAAGUUUUAGAGAACAUGAGCGAAAUUACAUACAGCAGUACUUGGAGUGAGGCGCAAGUACUGCUUCUAGAAAACGCUGCGUUCAAAAAUGAUGUCAGCUUAUUGGGAAUGGACAAAGAGGACGCUCUCAUAGUAUUCGAACAGCAUAUCAGGAAUUUAGAGGCUGAAUAUUUACAAGAAAAAGAACAAGUGAAGAAGAGAAACAAACGACAACAGAGGAAGAAUAGGGAUAACUUCUUGGCACUGCUGGACGCACUGCACGAGGAGGGCAAGCUCACGUCCAUGUCGCUGUGGGUGGAGCUGUACCCCGUCGUGUCCGCCGACAUGCGAUUCUCCGCCAUGCUCGGACAAAGCGGAUCUACACCUUUGGAUUUAUUCAAAUUCUAUGUGGAAAAUCUGAAGGCCCGGUUCCACGACGAAAAGAAAGUGAUCAAGGAGAUAUUGAAAGAGAAAGAGUUCGAAGUGAAACCGGAUACAACUUUCGAGGAAUUCGCUACGGUCGUGUGCGAAGACAGCAAGUCUGCGUCGCUGGACGCCGGCAACGUCAAACUAACCUAUAAUUCUUUAUUGGAAAAGGCCGAAGCUAAAAACAAGGAGAAACUAAAGGAGGAAUCGAAAGCGCAGAAGAAGAUCGAGAGCGCGUUCAAGUGGGCGCUAGCGGCCGCCAACGUGGACCCGGCGCUGCCGUGGGCCGACGCGCGCGCGCGCCUCGACCUCGCCGCGCCCGAGCUGGCCGCCGUGCCCGACGACGACGACCGCGCGCGCAUAUACAAGGACUUCCAACACGAGCAAGAGGACAGUUGCCUGCACUACCACCACCCCAAGCCGCGCAAGUCCAAGCGGUCGAAGAAGAAGAAACAGCGGUCGCGGUCGGCGUCGGCGUCGCGCUCGCCCUCGCCCGCCACCUCGCGCGCCUCCGACGACCCCACCUCCGGCUCUGAUGAAGAUAAGAAACAUAAGAAACCCAAGAAAAAACAUCGCAAGCAUUCACCGCCGCCGAAAUCCCCGACUCCGGAGGAGGGUGGUAUAUCAGACGAAGAGCCUGUGAAACACAAAAGCAAAAAGACGAAGCGCAGUGCGCCGAGUUCACCCGACCAGCCCGAGAUUGCUCAUAAACCUAAGAAGAAGAAGGAGAAAAAGGAAAAGAAAGAAAGAUCGGGCGGGUCAGCGGCGUGGAGCGACGCAGAGCUGGAGUCGCGCCGCGCGGCGCUCCUCGCGCAGCUGCACGAGCACGAGGCGGAC